AUGGAUGCCGCCAAGACCUUCUUGGAUGGCACCGUCGAGCGUGCAGAUUUGAACCAGUACUGGUUCUCUCAGCCCACCUUGUCCACGUUCGUGGAGGAAUGCGAUGUCACCGGGCGUUCCGCCUUGGUCUCGUCGCCCAGCGUCUACUUCAGCCUACCCGAGGAGCGCCGCCGGAACUGCAAAGUCUUGGACUUCGACCGGCAGUGGGAUUCAGAUCCAGGCUUUGUUUUCUAUGAUUUCCACCAGCCAGAGGAUCUGCCGGAGGCGCUGCGAGGUGCCUUCAGCUUUGUCCUAAUCGAUCCACCGUUCAUCACGCGUGAGGUCUGGGAGAAAUAUGCCAUCACAGCGCGUUUCUUGGCUUGCGAGGGUGCUCGAAUUCUUUGCACCACCAUAGCUGAAAAUGCACAGCUGAUGGCAGAGCUGCUGGACCUACAUCCGGUGCUGUAUCGCCCAGGGAUACCGAACUUGGUGUACCAGUACAGCAUCUAUGUGAAUUACGAGUCUGACAGGCUGAAUGAGUUGAAUCCUGAGAUCGACCAGGAAAACUGGCAGGCGACUGCUGAGAGCGUGCUUUGUGGGCAUCAGCUCGAUGAGAAGCUCGAGGCCCCACUCCUGCCCCGAGCGGGGCCCGAAGCCGGGGAGGGGGCCGGUGCUACCCCGGCUGGAUACCUGGCGACCGAAAGCUUCGCCCCGGAGGUGGAUGUGGCAGAGGUUCUGCUGCUGCUUCAGUUGCGGAAGCACCUCAUGGGAGUCAAGCGGGCCAUCGAGGGCCUACAGGCACCUCUCCUGAUGGCUCAACGCAGAACUGCAAUGGGAGGAUUGGCUGCGAGCGCCGCAGCCGACAAGGCGGAUGCUGCCAAAGAUGCAGCAAGAGCCGCCUUGGACCAAAUGGAAGCCUUCUUGCGUGAACACAUCUCGGAGGUUCUCUUCGCCUUGGGCGAGGGCUCGGAGGGCUCGGAGGGCUCGGCCGCAGGGGAUCGUUGGCACCUGCGCUCCGCCCGGGCCCUUCUGGAGGGCACGCAAGGCGGCGUGGUCCUGGAUGAGAUGCGCCGACUGUCGGUGGCCUUCUUCGGCCAGAGCCGCCAGGUGUUGGAUCGGAUCAAAAUGCUGAGAGCGCAAGCAAGGGGUGAACCAACCCAACCGCUGCUUGUGGCAAAAGGGCGCCGUCUUUGCCCUGUCUUGCGGCGUAUUUCCGUGGAGGCACAUCGCCGUCGACAGUCCCUGUGCUCAAGCCGGGACUUCACAGGCCCAGGUCUUAACACACAGCAGGCUGCUGCGAUGCCGAAGGCUGCAGUACACCCCACCAGCUCAAACUUCCGGCGGGUUGCGAAGCUUGAUGUCGUAUCGCGGGUGCGAAUGCUCAACCAGAUGGGGCUUCUCAAGGAGCGACCCAGGUGGUUGGAGUGGUGCCAGCGUGUUCCUCCGAUGGAGAACCACAACUUGCACCUGCAAGCGCGAACGAUCCGCAAUCCGUACCCACAGAUGGUUGAUUUUCUCCUGAAGAAGUAUCCGGACCUCCGAUUCCAGGAUUGCUACGUUGAUGGGAACGAUUGGUCGGCCGGGAACGAUGCAUACAGAGACGAUCAUCCGGUGAUGCAGUUCGUGGCCCAGCAGCUGAAGCUCAUGCGGGAAGAAGGCUUGACAAAGCGCGAGGCCUUCAAGCGAACGGAAGACAUUUUUCGAGAGAGGCGAGAGUCUCUUGAACGAGAGCAGAAAGUAAUGAUGGCAAUGGCCAUAAAAGAAGGCUUCAAGCCCAUGUUCAGCACAGGGCGCGCUUACCUGGAGGUGGAGAAGGCGCGAAUCGAAAGUGGGCACAUGACCAGAAUCAUAAGUGCACUUCGCAAGCAGAGAGCGUCGGCAGAGGAAACACGAGACUCCGAGGCCGCGCAGGAUCCAAUGACAAGGAAGGCCUUGAAGCAAGCAGUGGAAGAGGCUGCGCGGAUGGCCAGGCAAGAUGCCGCAAGAGAAGAGGAGCGGGAGGAACAAAUCAGGCAAGACGAGGCGCAGGUUCAGGAAACGCUGCUGCAACAGCUGCAAGCGGGCGAGGAAUCCCAGGACUCCCAGGCGGAGCCGCAGGCUCCCUUCCCGAUCCCGAGCGAGGACCAGGCUCCGGCAGAGGCAGGGCCACAUCCCUCAGAGGAGUUUGACAAAGAGCAGGAGGACCAGAGCAAGAGGCUGGAUUCCAGAACAGCAACCGAGACGGACUUGCUCAGACCCAGACCCGGACCAGGACUACGAACGGACCAGGGUGUGAGGGAGAUGCUCGGCAAGUCAAAGUCGAAGUUGGGACGCGGGCGUAUGGACGAGAGCAAGGAAGAAGAGGGCUCAUCAUCUGACAGCGACGACGAAAACAACGAGAGGUGA